CUCUUCUUUUUCUUCUCCCUUGCACCGAACAAGAGCCCCAAGCCCAACAGCACCUCCCCUUGAGAACCGGUAAGAAAAACUUGAUAUUUUCCUUCCUUUUCUUGUUCAAGAACCAGAUUUAAGCUUGGAAACUCCCUCCCCCCUCUGCAAAAUUUUAGAUCUGCUCUGCUCUUCCUCCCUAUCCGUUGGUGCUGCUAGGCACGAAUUUCUAGGCUUUUUUCGGAAGCGAAGUCAAGAAUGGGGAAAAAUGAGGGGAGUGACGAGUUAGAAGGCUAGUCAUCUUAUAAAUUGAACAUAAAUUUUAGAUAUAAAUCAUGAUCUUGUAAUAUAGACUUUAUUUGGAGAUUUUAUGAUAUCAGAGCAAAUUUUAAAUUUUUAUCUUCAGAUUUUGUGGUAUUAGAGUAUGGGAUUUAACCUUUAUUCUUUGUUGAAAAAAUGAUGGCAAUUGGACUAGAGAGUGGAGAAGGAGAACCGAUGGAUGAUGAAGACUGGAGGAUGGAUUUUGUUUUGUCGUGGAAAAGUGGUAAAGAUUUGAGAGUUGAAGAGUUGAGAGUUGAGAGUUGAGCUGAGAAUAUAAGACCUCGACAGUG